UUAAGUGCAGUUUCGUCCGAUUCCAACCUUGACUCCGACCCUCAUUGCGAAAUCUGUGAUUGAGCACGCAUGGUGGGUAGCUACGUCUAGAUUUGUGCUGCGGUAGGAUUGGCGAAAUACAGUGGUUCCAGUUCAGUCCAGGAGUUCGAGAUUGAUCUUGUCGUGGAUGAGUCUGCGACGGUAGUGGGAAAUGAUGUUCGGCUUGCAUGAUGCCAUAUGGUUUGCAGUUGCUGUGUCGUUGCUAGCAUCUCUUGCCCAAGCUGGAGAUGGUAAUGUCGUUGCUCUCGAAGCCCCAAGGAUGGUGCGUUUGAUGUGCAACCAAGCUCACGAUCGCGACUCUUGUGUGGCGUCUCUUGCCGCGCAUCCCCUCGCUGCCACGUCCGGGCCGCGCGACCUUGCUAGCAUCGGCAUCCAAACAGCAUUGGGAGGAGUGGGGAGCUUCUAUACGUACGCCACAAGUUUGCGGUCCGGAGCUAGUGGCAGAGGAAAAGAGUCUGCCCUCACUGCAUGUGAGUUUGUCCUUCAGGACUCCCAAGAUUAUCUUAAACAAGCGCUCGCAAGGCUCGCCACUCUCAACCCGCUGAAGUUCAAGCAGCAAAUAGAAGACACCUUGACGUGGAUGAGUUCCGCAUUGACGAACCACAUCACUUGUUUGGAUGGUUUUAGCGAGGUUGGCGGGGGGCUGAGAGAUUCGAUAUUGACCAGAUCUAUGAGUGUCACGACAUUGAUUGCAAAUUCCGUCUCGCUGGUUGGUUCCAUCAGCAGCUUCGGAGUUGCGAGUUUGGAUAAUGUUGACAGUCACAAUCGUCGUCUGCUUCAAAGUGAGCUCAGCGACAGUCUUGUCUACGAGCUUGGAAACGACGACUUCCCGAAGUGGAUGCGUCCCGCAGAUCGGAAACUAAUGCAGGCGGGUGGUGAUAGAACAAGAUUGACGAUCGUGAAUGCCAUUGUAGCCAAAGACGGCUCCGGAAAGUAUAAGUCCAUCCAAGCGGCCAUUGGUGCGGCGCCGAAGAACAGCUCAAAGAAAUGGGUCAUCCACGUCAAGGCUGGUGUGUGGAGUGAGUAUGUGGAGGUGCCGAAAUCUGCGAAGAAUAUGGUUAUUAUGGGAGACGGUAUUGGCGACACUAUUGUAACGGGAAGCAGAAGCGUCGUGGGCUCCAAUCUCACAACGUUCGCAACCGCCACCUUUUAUGUAAUAGCGCCAAAUUUUCUGGGGCUAGAUUUCACAGUUCGCAACACGGCUGGCCCCUGGAAUCACCAAGCUGUAGCGCUCAAGGUCCAGGGUGACAAGACCGCUUUCUGGCGGUGUUCCUUCGAAGCGUACCAAGACACGAUGUACGCUCACAGCAACCGGCAAUUCUACAAAGACUGUACCAUCUCCGGCAAGGUUGACUACAUAUUCGGCAAUGCGGCUGCUGUGUUUCAAACCUGUACUUUGCUAGGCCGCGUGCCGAUGCCCGGGCAACAGAACACCUUCACGGCGCAGGGUAGGACCACAAACUCUCAAAACACAGGAUUCUCGUUUCACAAGUGUAUCGUGGACGCGGCCCCGGAGCUCAAAAGCCUGAAGAACCAGGUCGUGAGUAGUUACUUUGGCCGACCGUGGAAGGAAUUUUCCAGAACAGUAUUUCUCACAUGCUCAGUAGGGAGUGUAAUCAGCGCUGAGGGAUGGCUACCAUGGGAUGGCACCUUUGCGCUCAAGACUCUCGUCUAUGGCGAAUACAAGAAUAUUGGCGCUGGCUCGGAUACGUCUCGUCGCGUGAAAUGGUCGACUCAAAUCCAAGACGUAAGAGUGGCGAAUAAGUUUACUGUUAAUUCUUUUAUUACGGGUGAAACCUGGCUGCCACAGACUACCAUAAUUUACAACCCGCAGCUGUAGAAAUCUAUUGGAUUGAACUCCUAAUCAAGAACAACAAUUUCUUAGUCAUGUGGUACAAGAGUUGACAAGAUGUUUAGAUAUUAAGCUUAAGACCAUUAUAUUAUAUUAGUCUAGUAGUAAUAGGUUAGUGAAAAAAAUACCAAGGACCUGAUUCUUUAAAAAAAAAUUAUCGAUAAAAUAAA